AUGCACAAACUGCUCUUCAUCACAGCCUUCAUCACAGCCCUAACCUUGGGCUCGGAGAGCUUCCGGGUUCCCCGACUGGCCGAGGAAAAGGAGACGGGAACAGUCGAUACUGUGAUCGAGACCCUAAAGUCCUACUAUGACCACAGCAUGGAGACCAUCAGUGGAUACAUGGAAAACAUCAAGGGCUUCCAGCUAGAUGAGAAGGCCAAGUGAGAAUCUGUUACCAUUGAGACCACCACGGCUGCGCGUACGUAUGCCGGUAUCUUCCAGGACCAGCUCUACCACAUGGUGUACCCCCAGGACGCAUGAACUUACCGCGCCCCGUUUUAGCUCAUUCGUGUCGACUCUGGACAUUGGGUCAACCAUGCAGGAGAGCCACACGAGGACAAAAGCAAGCUCGCUCUCAUCUUCCAGCAUGCAUGGAGCUCAGACAUGGUCCUACCUUUCUUGUGGAUCCAUGUGGGUCCCCCUUUCAUAUAUGAACUCUGCAAGCACCCAUCACCCUGCAGCAUCAGAGAACACAACCACACCAAGAAGCAAACAAGUAUUUUGA